UGUAGAGAGGCAAAGCUCUUACUGGCUUGAGGUUGGAAAUGCAAUAAAUUUGAAAGUGAUGCGAAAAGAUAGCUGACUUUUUCUGUGAUGAAGAAGCAAGUAGAGGCAAACGUUAAUAAUUGUUGAUCGGAGUUGGAUGCUGUGACAAAGAAAUCUGAAGUACGGGGGCCAGCGAAGAAUUGUUUUGGGCCCUUAUUGUGGGAGAAGAUCAACAUGUGAUCGCAUGUGAUUAUCGUGGGCCACGUUGUGCGAGCCCAGAGACGAUGCGGUUGCUCAGCAAGCCCGCAUCCCUGCCUUCGUUUCUAGCCGCUUUGCUUGGCUCCAUCGCGCAGUUUUCCCAGUUCACUUUACAGUAUGGAAGCAAUGUCGCAAGCGGCAUCGUGGAUUCUAGACGCCCGCUCGGCAAACUCAGGCCAGGGGGCAUGCUCUUGUCUGCGGUGCAGACCGAUGCAGCUUUCGAGCGACGUCGUGCAGAACAGGAUCCCACGGCAACAGCAGUGACAAAUACCAAUGACCCGACUCCACAGACAAUCGAUACAGCGAGAGAUAUGCAACCAUUGGACACGUGGAUUGGUAGUGCGAUCACUAAAAAGUUCAUUGAGGAACCAGUAAAAAGCGAUAUUACUGUGCUGCCUACACAGGAAAGCCUCGACCUCGCAUAUGGAUGUCCGGUACUUCAGCCUUUUCAUUCAUGAACAUGUCCGUGCUGACUCUUAUCAAAAAUACUAGUAGAGUAGUUUUUGGAAGAGUAGGAAGUGAUCAGCAUAAAAAUUGAUAUCAAUAAACUACUACUACAAGAACCAUAGCAACACCCAGAGCGUUGUUUUACCGAAGACGGUGGUCGUGAACGCUCCGACUGGCUGUACUAGUACUAGAAGAACAGCGGGUAUCGCUACGCCGACUGGAACUGAGUUGCAGACCUGGACUGAACAAUGUUACCAGCUAAACGCACCCAAUCUCAUAAUUACGGACAAGAAAACGGGAGGCACAGUAACGCAAGCCUGGACACGACCAACAGGUUACACAAACAUCGUGGAUCUCACUGACUGCAAUGGUAACACUGUUUACACGAUUCACGAGAUGAUCUAUCAUCUUAGCGGAUCAAGUAUUCAAUCUUGCAAAAGCACAAGCGGAAUCCUCGGAGGGUACAAUUUGUAACUUGAGCCUCUAUGUGUGAUUGAUGUUCUUGCUUCAUUCAUGUUCUUACUACUUGAAAAUGGGAAGAAGCUGCGAAAACGUCUACAGAAAUGAAGACUACAACUCCAUUCUCAUUGUUGACACCGUGAGUCCACCAAAUGCAGAUGUAGAAUGGCAUUUUCAUGAUGUGGACAUGUACUUCUACACUACAGUGGCGGAUGCAGUGGCGACGUCUACUUGAAAUACGAAAUUAUAGCGAAAAGUGGAGUAGUUGUCGCAGUGACAUCGUACAUUCCUGUGUUUGCGGAAUCUUUUAAACUCGUGGAUCCAAGUAACGGGAAAACGAUUGCAACACUCGGAAAGAACGGAGCGUGGUCACCCUCGGAUGUAUUUCUAGUUCUACAUAGUCCUGCUCAUAGUCGAUAAUUUAAACUUUUGUGUGCGGCUAGGAGAAGAUCAGUAUUUAUCCGGUAGCUGCCACCAACUCUGAAUAUUGUGUAUUCACGUGCUCCUGAAUUCCUAUUCUAUUUCUAUAACAGAACAGUUUGUAGCACGCAUGGAGUGCAUGGAGCGCAGAUCGCUAAGGGACGCGAGAAGCGCCCCCAUUAGCUCCAUGCGAUCCAUGCACUCCAUGCCCUGCGAGCUGGCAAACCUUAUAAAUUACUCUGCGUAUAGAAGUACUCGCUGAAAAACAAAAAUCCAACUCAGACUUAGUUGCACUUUACAAAAUAAAUUGUCAAACAAGGCUUGCCCCGUGUACGAGAAGAAAUGGUAUGUCAGUUUUGAAACUACGACGUCGACGGGUGGCGCAAGUCUCACGAACGAGGAUCGUCGCUGGGUGAUUGCUGCGUUUAUGAGCGUUAUCGCAGUUCGCGACGAAGACAGAAAUAGCGAUGGCGGAGUACGAUGGUCUGCUUGCACUAAAAUUAUGCUGGUCGCUCUUUACCGGACCUAAUUCAUUCUUUGAUUUGGGAGUUUACCUUCUUUCCGUUAUCUUUCCACGUCGAGGUCGAUAAUUGCACGUUAACUUUAUACUCGUCUGCUUGUUAAGAAAAGUGAAGAUCUCGUCUUGUUCAGGCAGCAGCUACAAGCCAUAGGAAGCAUUUGUCGCAGCUUGAUAUACUACACACAGACAACGCACAACGAUGGACGACGGCGCAUAACGCUCUCUCUAAUCACCGAAGUUUGGUGGUAUCACUCGUGAUGGUAGGUCUUGUGUUGGUGGGCAUUGGCAUUCUUCUUUCCCUGUGGGCUGCAUUCCGGUGUCGAGAAAAUCUCAUCCGCUUCUUUUUUCGUCUUCAGGAACGCGUGCUACCGCGUGCGAUGCACAAAAUACGCUGAAGCAGGACGAUGAAACACAAAUCACUGAACCGCAACUUUUUUCCUCUCCCUAGUUCCUCUUUGCAAGCCGAGUAUCAAGUGGUCUGCGCAACAAAGUUUCAUUUUUGUAUAUUUUCUCAUUUUCUGACCACUACAGAAUCAGCAUGGGUUACUGCACUCAAGCAUCAAGCGACGACGCACAUUUACUUGUUCCGACGUACUGCACGAUAUUGAAAUUAGUCGACAUUGUAAAACAAAGUAUUCGGCGG